CCUAGCAACGGGGGUGGAUGGAACUAAACGUUAAUUUAGCGAGCUACUUAUCUCCACAACACAGAACAAUACGUUACCGGUUAUAUAUAUAUAUACCGGUUAUAUAGUCCAUGUUAGAAUAUUUUUUAUUACUAUACUUUUUAUAUUGUCAAGUUAUCGUAUGAAGCGGGAUGGCUAUCAGCAACCCAUCGGUGUUUCUGUUGAUGAUUAACGGACAGAUCGAGGGAGCGAAUUUUCCAGAGUAUGAUGAUCUGUACUGUAAAUACUGCUUCGUCUACGGACACGACUGGGCUCCCACCUCGGGCCUAGAGGAGGGCAUAUCUCAGAUUACGUCUAAAAGCAGAGACUCUCCUCAGAGAAUGAUCUGGAACUUUCCUCUGGAGAUUACCUUCAAGAGCACCAACCCGUUAGGCUGGCCUCAGAUCGUAGUGAGUGUCUACGGUCCUGAUACGUUUGGUAACGAUGUGGUCAGAGGAUACGGAGCAACACACAUCCCCUUCACUCCUGGACAGUCAGUAUCUCUCCUCCUCCUCCUCCUCCUCCUCUCUCCUCUCCUGGACAGUCAGGAUCUCUCU